AAAAUACUUGCUCUUUCGGGUCUUGGCUCCAAGAUGACCAAAAAAAGGAGAAACAACGGCCGUGCUAAAAAGGGCCGCGGCCACGUGCAGCCAAUUCGCUGCACCAACUGCGCCCGGUGCGUGCCCAAGGAUAAGGCCAUUAAGAAGUUUGUCAUCCGGAACAUUGUAGAGGCCGCUGCUGUCAGGGACAUCUCCGAAGCCAGCGUCUUUGACGCUUAUGUGCUGCCCAAGCUCUCCGUCAAGCUGCAUUACUGCGUGAGCUGUGCCAUUCACAGCAAGGUGGUUAGGAACCUCCGUGAGGCCCGGAAGGACCGAACACCCCCACCUCGUUUUAGACCCACUGGUGCUGCACCACGACCUCCACCAAAGCCCAUGUAAAGACAGGACAGAAGAAAAAAUACUUUGGACAAAUAAAAUGGGAGUUACACUUUAAAAAUAAAUAAAUAAA